GAGCCUCUAGGUUUCCCAUAUGCUUAUGGUCAGAAUACCCUCUGCCUGAGAAGUCAUGCUACAGACUUUAAGUAAAUUUGAGAAAUAAAUUAAACACAAGCCGGCGGUGUUAAAAUAUCUGAUUUUGUUUGGUGGUGAUGCGUGGAUUUUGGAACUAUCUUACUUGACAUAUAGUUCACACGUAAAUCUAUAUUAAUUCCUGACUAUAAAGUGCAGGCCUACAACAAUAUGUGCAACAUAGUUUUAAUUAUUUUAAUUACUUUUAUGAUCGCCAUUGCCUUGGGCCUUCCGUGUGCUCCCAGACGCUACGGAUACGACAGCGUCGUAUGCGUGUGCAACGCGACGUAUUGCGAUUCAGCAGCAGAACUUCCGGAGGACCUACUUCAGCAAGGCUAUUAUGUGCACUACGUCUCCUCAAGAGACGGGGACAGACUCAACGUCACAACAAAACCCUUAGCUCCCAGCGGAAACUCCUUUCCACACCUUCCAAACACUGAACUUGUGCAGUUCAGUGUAAAUGUGUCUGAGCGUUAUCAGAAUGUGACGGGAUUUGGCGGUGCCAUAACUGAUGCUGCAGGAAUCAACAUUGCGUCUCUCUCACCAGGAGCGCAAAAUCAACUCUUACGGCAGUAUUUUGGAGAUGAGGGUAUUGGCUACACUCUCAUCAGGAUCCCAAUGGCUGGUACCGACUUCUCUACCCGUUACUACACAUAUGAUGAUGUCGCCAAUGACGAAUCGCUGUCUCACUUCAACCUUACAGAAGAGGAUCUUGUGUACAAGAUUCAAUAUGUACAGAAAAGUAUGCAAAUGUCCCCACGACCUAUCAGACUAUUCACUGCUCCUUGGACAGCACCUGCUUGGAUGAAAGAGUUUUUCGUCUUCUCAAAGGCAUUCAGUACUCUUCAAAAAAAAUAUUAUCAACUUUAUGCAGACUACUUUAUCAAGUUCCUGGAUGCAUACAAAAGUCAUGGACUGGACUUUUGGGCCUUAUCCCCACAAAAUGAGCCAUUCGGUGGAUUAAUAUAUUACUGUCCAUAUGGCAACAGCAUGGGUAUGAGCCCAGCUGUUUUAAGAGACUGGGUGAAAAAUCAUUUAGGACCAACAUUGCAUGCUAACAGUUACAAAGAUCUUAAAAUCAUGAUAGUAGAUGACCAGAAGAUAACCUUGCCUUUGUGGCUUUGUAUUAUGAAAGAUCCUGACCUGCAGAAGUACAUAUCAGGGUUUGCUAUUCAUUUGUAUAGUGAUAUGUACCCUAUCAUCUCUCCGACAUCAUUUCUCGACAAAGCCCAUCGUCAAUAUCCAGACAAAUUUAUUCUUUAUACCGAAGCUUCCAUUAUUCACUUAGCAUUUGAACCUCCAGUUUGUCUAGGAAAGUGGGAAAGUGCUGAACGCUAUGCUCAAAAUAUUUUGGAGGUACUUAACCACUGGACAUGUGGAUGGGUUGACUGGAACAUUGCUUUAGACACAAAUGGAGGGCCGAACUACGUUUCCAAUACAUUAGAUUCACCUAUCAUUGUCAAUGCUACAAGUGAUGAGUUCUACAAGCAGCCAAUGUUCUAUGCUCUUGCACAUAUCUCAAAAUACAUUCCACCUGGUUCACAGCGCAUUAAGAUGCACAGUGAUGAUAACAAAGGACUCUCAAGUGCAGCAUUUCUGAGAGACGAUGGAAAUAUUGUUAUUGUGAUUCUAAACAGUUUGGAUACAAACAAGCAGUGCAUUCUUUCUGCAAAUCAACAUGGGGACAUCCAAGUAUCAGUUCCUGCCCAUUCCAUUCACACUAUUGUGUACAAACAAACAAGUGCAGGAUAAUAUGUGUGAGCUCCCUUCAUCACAGGAUGAUAUGCUCUAUAUUCACGAUAUUGUAAUGUUUAUUUCAGUGGUAAAUUUGAAUGCAUUUAAGAGGAAGACUAAUGUAUUAGCUAUGAAGACAUUCACUAAUAUCACGUUCUUUGCUGUAACCUAUACACAAAUUUAAUUAUAAGAAUAAACAUGUGGUAAUUAUGAUGUAAA